UAAGGUGCCGUACAAACGCUGUAAUUAGUAUUACGACACAGGAAUGAGCUUUAGCGUAUGCUGAUGUGUCGGUUUUUGUUGAGUAAUGAUAGGAGGCUUAUCCAAUUUUUUUUUUUACAUGUUAAAAUGUUCUAUUGGUACCUGCUAAAAUGGACUUUUUCCUGCUUUUAAUUUUACAUGUAUUAUUUAUGAUAUUUUGUCAGUUUUCUGGUCUCUGUGGAUCUUAUUGACAUAAAACUGGUUAAUUAGUUUAAAGUUCGAAGGAGCGAUCUGGAAGAGAUUUGAUAUAAUUUCUAGGCUCUAACCGAUCUCUAAAGAGGUUACUGUGUUUCCCUUCACCUAGAGCCGGACGAGUCCAUUACAAACAUUUACCAUGUCCUUCACCUGCAUAGUUCAGGCUUACUGACCUUGACAAAUCUACAGGAUCUCAGGAGUUUAUGGAACCUUCCGGAUGCACGGUUUCUGAUUAAUAAGUUAAUUUAAUUUAACCAUCUUCUUUAUUUUAAAUGACCAAAUAAUUUGCCCAUGUUAGAAAAAAAGAUCUUCACAACGUGAAAUCCGAGCGCAUCGAAUUGCUUCAUUAUAACCAAAAAUAACGACCAAUUUAAAAAAUACCACAGCUAACAAUUUGAAGCGAAAGCACCCGCCCACUGUGCCGGAGAUGUCUGUACUAAAAUUAGAACGAACGUUUUUUAGUACACCGGAAUUUUAGUUCAAUUCAAACCGGUGAAGAAAUCUGCAUCUAGUGCUCAUCGGGCUUUCCCGUCCGCGUUGUUGAUCGGUACAAAAUGAGUAAAAAUAUGGAAAGCGAAGAAACAAAUACGUCCGAAUCAGACUUCCAACCACAAACACUAUCACACCAGAUGAUACUUUUCUUCUACCACCGGCAAGCCAUCGCUCGUGAUUCGUGGGACAUUAGCUUCUGGGAAACGUUCCGCACCAACCAUCCCGAGGUGGAGCAAGACGCAAAAGCACUGCGUUCGCACUUUUUCCACGUAGUUAUGCGAAAUGCUAGCGAACUGGAUGGUCUACCGUAUGCGGUGGUUCAGUACAUCAAUCCACUCUUUAACCGGAUCCGGGAGGAUGUGCUAGAGUUCCGGGACCUUGUCGAAGGGACCGAUUACGUGUACGAUCAAGAGCCGAAGGAUGUGCCGGCCGGGAAUGGUAGCAGCGCAAUGCCACCGCUGAAUCUGCAGACAACAUGCGGUCCAGUGAACCUUGCUUCAACAUCCCGCUCGACCAAACGUUACCUAAGUCCGAGUCCCGAGCAGGUCAGGAACUUUGUCGCUGCGGAGCUUAGCGAAAUACUUUGGACGGCAGAGGAACGGCGCACACAAGCGUCCUCCCUGAGCAUUAACGAGUGUAUGUAUCGGAUGGCUCUGUUGACGAAGAAGCGGAUUCCGCUGAUCAGCUGCAUCGAACCCGGCAUGGCAUGCUACGACCGUUUACGGAAGGCAGGUUUGGUGGAGGUGCUAUCGCAGGAUGAUGAUGGACCACAAAGCGAUACGGAAGAAUCUACUCCAGAGUUUCAACAGGCUGGUGCUGCUUCAACACCCAUUCCGAAGACCGGUCAACGGCAACAGCACAGUGAGAGUCCGGCUGCUGGGAGUAUUAUUCGUAAGAAAAAUUACGAUUCCAUUCUGCGGCACGUUCGAAGCAAGCCGCGUAGAGGUGGAUUAAAAUGAGCGGGAUUGUAGUUAGACUAUUGCAACCAUUGCUCUUCGGUAGAGCAUAACUGCCGAGUUCUUCAGUUCCUAUUAAUUUACACGCCGAACCUAAGGCCAAGAUGAAUUGUAUUACAUGAGCUUGAAUAAAGGCAGAGUUACCACGCAACUACAGUUUGUUCACAUUUUAACGAACACAGUUCGCUGAGUUUAUUCACAAAAACCGAAUGAAAAAGGUACGACCAGUUUUCAAUCUCUUCGUUUCACAGUUUCUGCCUUUGUCCUUGCCUAUAUUCCUCGCGACCACGGGAGCAUUAGUGAGGUGAUGCAAAUGUGGAUGUGUUGUGGAACGAUGAAAACUAUUUCCCAAUUGUGUUUCCCACCACAAGGGUGGAAAAUGAAAAAAAAA